AUGAGUGGCAAUUUGCAAUUCCAGUCUACCGGCUGCCACUCGUUUAAGAUUCCAGUCCCCGCUGUCAAUCAUCAGUCGUCCGCCACCUACCGACGCAGACCUCUCGAAAGCCACCGCCUCCCUCGGCUGAAGCCCGCCAAUUGCUGGGUCGUGUCAUCGCCGGUCAGUCCCCAAAUUCGAGACAUGAUGGGCACACCGCCCCUAGACAAAGUCGCCGCUCGUAGCCCCACCGUCGAAUUUGGUGUUGUUGGCUCUAUGGCGCCGAGCCGAAGAAGGGGUGUCAGCAAAGCGGCUGCCGCGGCCGCUGCCAGGCGGAAGUGGAAGGUCGGGGAACUUGUGCUUGCCAAAGUCAAAGGAUUUCCAGCGUGGCCUGCAACUGUCAGCGAGCCAGGGAAAUGGGGUUACGCUGCUGAUUAUAAGAAAAUAGUAGUACAAUUUUUCGGCUGUGAGCAAAUGUUCUUAUUCCUGGUGUAUGCCUUUUUAGGUUCCGUCAUUUAUCACGUGAUUGUGACUUUACUUGCUUUCUGUAAUCCAGUCGAUAUAGAAGAAUUCACAGAAGAGAAGAAAGUGUCCUUGUUGGGAAAACGCCAUGGGAAAGGUGCAGAUUUUGUUCGAGCAGCAAAUGAGAUAAUCGAGUGUUAUGAAAAGUUGAAGAAACAGGAACAAGUUAGUGGGCCUAAUGGUACUGAGGAAACUGCUAUCGUCAAUGAGAACUACUUGCAAGACUCCGUUGUUGCAUCUAGGAAGGAUGAAGCUCCUGUAGUUAAGGUUGAUCCGCUCUCUGCUGGGACCACUAAUGAUCUGGACUCUCUAACUAAAGCUGCUGUAGCUGCUGCCACCGAUGAUGCUUUUGAGAAUGAAAACAUUCAUAAUGCAGUGUUUAACAAAAUACCAGCGUCUACUCCUUAUUUAACAAGAAACAAAACAGAUGUUGCCAGGUCACGAAACAGUGGCUCAACAAAGAAGAAGCCUGUGAGAAGGUUAAGAAGCUCUUCAAGGACAGAUAAUAGGCUACAGAGUACAACUCUGCCUUCUGUUAAUAGUAAUAGGUCCUCUAGGCGCUUUGGUGUUAGUGCAUCUGACAGAUCUUUGAGAAGAAGUCGGAGGAUUGUCAAGUCGUCCGAUGAGUCUGAUGGGCAGAACAUCGACCCACUUGCUAUUAAAGCAAAUGAUUAUGUUGAAGAGGGUAAUUCUGGAACAUUGAGUGUGAACUCUGAUACAAUUAGUGUUGAUGAUGGCAGCACUGUCGACUCAGUUAGUAAACCGGUAGGAACUGGGGAGCCCACUGCUGAAAACAAUGAAGGUGAAACAGAGUUAAGUGAUAGACUUGACUUCCAAAGCAACAAUGUUAUGAAGAAGAAGAGGAAGCCUAAUCGCAAAAGACACAACAACGGUACAGUCGACGCACCUAAACUCAAUAUAGUAGUUUCGGAUGCGGAAGAGAUCAAAACUGAACUUGUUUCACCCAGUUUUAGUGAGAAACCAGACCAAAAACAGGCUAAGGAUGAUAGUGAUGAACACUUGCCACUAGUCAAAAGAGCCAGAGUUCGUAUGGGCAGACCAUCACCGACAGCUGAGGCCGAAUUUCCUUCAGUGCAGAGAGAGGAACGAUUGUCUGAAGUUCCUGAAAGAUGCUCUGUGCAGUCCUAUGAGCCCUUGAGUUCCAAGGUGGAGGAUCAUGCUAACAAAGAAUCUGUUCCCGUCAAGGAAAAACCAGCUCUUUCGUCAUUAGUGCAUGAAAGUCCUGCUAAUAGGCCCAGGUUUUGGGAAACAAGAAAGAAUUUUGUUGAUGGGGAAGCUGCUUUACCUCCGUCUAAACGUCUGCAUCGUGCACUGGAGGCCAUGUCUGCCAAUGUGGCUGAAGAUUGUCGAAGAACUUUCAAUUCUUCACCAGCAGCCAAUAUUCAGAGCAAUGGGUACUGUGCUUCUUCCUCUUUGGAAUGCUAUGAGAUGUCUGAGGAAAGGAAAGAAAUGACAGGGUUAGGGUCUGAAACCAUGGACGAUCUACCGAAUGGUGAUUCAGUGUUGAGUGCUCCCCAGCCAUGCGUUGUGUCAGAUGUAAGGUCAGAAAUUGACGCAGAAAUUACUACUAGGGUUGUACCAGAGUGUGGUAAAGCUAAUACUACUGAUUGUAAAGCUAAUACCACUGAUGGUAAAGCUAAUACUACCGAAAGCAAGAAUCCUGAAAUGCACACUGGUUCAGGUGGAGAAGCGGAAGGUGAUGGUAUCAGAGGUCCAGACAUAAUUCCAUUUGUUGAGGUCCAUGUGGAGACCGACAUUAUAGCUGAGGAUCAUUUGAAAAUGGAAACAGAAAAUUUAGGUGAUCAGUUGGCUAAUUUAAACUGCAAUGCACCAAGUGCAGUGAUGUCCCCCACUGACCACUGCAUAACUGGAUGCACGGAGUUGAAAGAAGCUGCUAAGGGAUCUGAUUUUGAUAUUCUGCAGAUACCGGCAGAUUCUACCUCUAUGCAAGAUAUUGCUGUUGGUAUACCUGAUAUUGACAUUUGUAACCGGUCAGAUGAUAAUGGUGGUGAAGCACACAAGACAAAGGACCUUCCUUCAGUUGAGCAUAACCCAGACAGUAUGAUGUGUGAGUAUGUGGAAGAAGCAAGACCAUCGUCGUUGAAUUCGAAAAUUAUGCAACCUGUUACUCCAAUGAAGGUUUUGAAUAGCGGGCAUGUUCAAUCUUUAGCUUAUUCGACUUACAGUUCCAAUGAACAUAUGGAGGAUAAAACUGUUUCAGCGACUCAGUCGUCUUCAUCUCUGACUGAUGGGCCAGAAUCUGUUGCAAGAACUUCUCCUCCUAGUUCCUCCAUCUGCCACAUGUCUGCUUUAGAUAAUAAGAGAUCUCUUUUAAAUAAUAGUUCCUGCUGUCCUGAUGUUCAUUUACAUCUAGAAAAAGCAAAACUUGCUGGAAAGUCUAGCAGCAAAAGUGAAGCUUUGUCUUCCUUUGAAGCCAUCAUCAAAUCUUUGACACGGACAAAAGAGAGCAUAGGUCGAGCUACGCGGAUUGCAAUUGACUGUGCCAAAUUUGGCUUUGCAACUAAGCAUCUGGUUUCCCUGAUGUGGUUUUCAGUUAUCCAGGUGGUGGAAAUACUGGCGCAUAAUUUGGAGACCGAGUCAAGUUUGCACAAAAAGGUUGACUUAUUUUUCCUCGUUGAUUCUAUCACCCAGUGCUCUCGAGGCAUUAAAGGUGAUGGUGGUGUAUAUCCAUCUGCUAUCCAAGCACUCUUGCCCCGUUUAUUAUUAGCUGCUGCCCCUCCUAGUAGUAGUUCUCAUGAGAAUCAUAGGCAAUGUUUGAAAGUUUUGAAAGUAUGGCAGGAGAGAAAGAUUCUUCCAGAACCGAUAAUUCGCCACCACAUCCGGGAGCUUGAUGCACUUUGUGGUUCAUAUCCCACUAUGGGCUCUAACCGAACCUUGAGAAAUGAAAGAGCUUUUGACGAUCCUAUCAGAGAGAUGGAGGGGAUGAUGGUGGAUGAAUACGGGAGGUACUUUAUUUUCAUUAUCUUGUUUGAUUCAUUAUCUUUGGACCAUCACUUACUCAAGUCAGCCUUUGCUUUUAGCAACUCGAGCAUUCAGCUUCCUGGUUUUUGCAUGCCUCGUAUUCUGGGGGAUGAUGAUGAUGCUGGAAGUGAUUCUGAUGGCGAGAGCUUUGAAGCUGUCACACCAGAGCACAAUGUUGAUAAUCACGAGGGAGAUUCGAAUCCGGUUCAUGCAAUUGAAAAGCAUCGGCAUAUUUUGGAAGAUGUUGAUGGCGAGCUUGAAAUGGAGGAUGUAGCUCCCUGCUGUGAAGAUGAAAUCGCUUCCAACAGUAAUUUUGUUGGACUNUAUUCGAGUUCUCAGAAUUAUAGUGGCAAUUUGCGGGAGCCCACGAGUGUGGGUCAUCAUGUGCACCAUCGUGUUCGUGAAAACAAGGAUUAUGAAGCUGAGGUUCCUCGACACGUGCAGGACAAUGGUUGUUUUAGCGAUCGACAUACGUCUCGAUUUUCUAGUAGAAGUUGUGGUAGCGAGCAGCCGAAUGAUGGGUAUGGCAAGAGCUUCCAUUUGCGGCCUCCUCAUCCUGCCCCUUCAAAUCAGUUCUCGUACGUCCAAGAACAACGGGUGCAUUCGCGGAGGGAUGCUCCACCGCCUUCCCGUCCCAACAGAUUCCAUUCUCGUAAUUCGGAUAAUGGAAACUUUUACAGGGACCGCGACAGAAAUAAGUAUGUCCAACGUGAUAAUAUUGGAGAGGGCUGGAGGCCUCCAUAUCCAUCCAUCUCGGGUCAAUGCUAUCAUGAUGAAUCCAGGAUGGCUAAUGGACCCAUGCCGUAUGGUGGGCCACCUCGAGAGCCACCGGGCCCACACAAUAGGUGGAAUUACCCUUCGAGGCCCAUGAACCACAGACAUUUCAAUCCUUACAGGCUACCUUCUGAAGGUCCUAUACCUGCCCAUAUUGGAGGCCAAGAUAACAAGUUAACGGCAUCAUCUUCAAAAUGGUAUCACUGGUUAUCGUUCAUUAGGUGGUGUAUUGUGCCUGAGAAUUUCUUCUUAUGGUUGUCGGAUCAUGAAGAUAUUAGAGACUAGAGUUGGUAUGGCGAAUGGAAGAACGGGGAAUGAUUUUCGUUCCAGUGUAUAUAUAUGUUGUGUAUGAUUGGUACCCCUCUCUCUCAGGCUGCUUUGUAAAAUUGUCGAUUAUCCCUGUAUAUUUCGAAUAAUUUUACGAUAUUGUUCCCAGCUGAUCAUAAAUCAUUCAUACUGAAGAUGAGUCGUGUAAUCAUGAUCGUAAAUUUGUUCUGUAAUGUUAUGAUUUAUAAUGUCUUGGUUAACUAUUUGUUGGUUCUUGUGUUUUUUGUGGUGCUGUAAGGCUGUUUUUGGCAGGCAAGUUUUGGAAUCGGGGCUUGUACGAUCUGUUUUCUGGAAUAAAAGUUGAAUGAAAAGGUUUUAUGGUCCAAGUUAAGAUUUUGAUGUGAAAUAUGAUGCGGUGAGCAUAUAUAUGGUCCAAUUCCUAUAUAUCAAUCUAGCUAUUAGAAUGGUUGAUCUGUUUUAUCUGCAUUUUUAAAAUGCAUACUUAUCCUAUGAAGUGUAAACUUUAAAGGUACGUAUAUUUG